AUGGUCUCGUACACAUUCUUGUUCUGGCUACCAAAUUACAUUCGCGAGGCGGGUGGUUUCGAUCCAUCUGCUGCAGCCGAUUUGUCCGCAAUCUUCGAUUUGGGCGGAAUUGUCGGGGGUAUCCUGGCCGGGUUUAUAGCUGAUCAAACCCUGGCUAGUGCGACUGUAUGUGUGGUAAUGAUGUUCGCUGGCAUUCCGGCAGAUCUGUUCUCGGCUAAGGCCAGUACAGCAGAUCUUCCCACCUGA